AACAAGUUGAUUUAAAAAAAAUAAAAAGGUGAACGGCCACAGUUUGGGAGCAACCACCGGCGCCGUCUACUUGCUGGGGGUGGCGCUCACGCACGCACGCAGCCACCAGGCGGAGAUGCUCAUCCUCGCCUGUUAUUAACGUUAAUAUUGUUAUCUCUCGCGUCACUCGCCUCCAGGAACGAGACGGCACCCGCUGCCCGCACCACCACCAGCACAUAACACCAGCACCAGCAGCGACAGCGGCACCGCUGGCUUCGAGGGACUGUGGCCGGCUCAGGUGCACCGACCCCGGCUGUGAUUACGACGGCGACGACGACGUCGACAAAGUUGAGGGCACCAAGUAUGUCGCCAUUGUGAACGAGUAGUGAUGGGAUUCCUCCGCGCUCAGCAAUCCGAGCGAGGUUAACUUGAUCAAAGAGUCUGCAGAUUGGUGAAGAAUGGCUGGAUGACCCCAAAGCAGUGAUGCUAACCGGAUUUUUUGACUCCUUCUCCAACUACCUACUAGCUCUCUGAAAGCAACCUUGUCGGCAAAGUCAUCUCCUACUAGCAACACUCGGCACCAGCGAUCGAUGGAGACCAAAGCUAGGCGGGAGGAGGAAGCGGCGCCGAAAGACGGCGAGACGGAGGAAGAUGCCGCUUCGGGCCACACGUGCGGCGUGUGCGGCCGCAGCUUCCCCCUCCUCAGCUCGCUGUCGCAGCACAUGCGGCGGCACACCCGCGAGAAGCCGUACAAAUGCCCGUACUGCGACCACAGGACGGCACAGAAGGGAACCCUCAAGGCGCAUAUCCGGAGCCACAAGUUGGGCCUGUUCGGCCUCAGCGACCAACAGGCGGAAGAGGAGAUACCGGACACUCCCGAGACUGUAAAGAAGAAACCAAACAAGAAAAAAGCAAAAGAUUUAGAGCCUCAGUGCUUGGACGCCGGGCCCUUUUCCUGCAGCAUCUGCGGCCAAGACUUUGCCCAGGCGCCAUUACUCAAGUCGCACAUGAAGCGGCACCGCAGCGCGCAGGACCACGGCUGUCGCAUCUGUGGCCGCCGCUUCCGCCAGGCGUGGUUCCUGCAGAGCCACAUGCGCAUCCACCGGGUCAAAGCGCAGUUGCGGGGCGGCAAGAGCGACGAGCCGCCCGCCACCGUCAACGGCGUGCCGCAGGACCCCGCUGCGCUCGCCAACGACGAGUGCCUCUACGAGCUUUGCGGUAACUGCGGCCACUUCUUCACGGACAGCAAAACCUUGCGCCUGCAUGAAAGGUUACACAGAAACAGCCACAAUGCACCGCAAGACCUCGAGGCCUGGCAGCUGACUAAAAACCGGUUUUUGGAAAGCCUCAACCUCACCCGCGUCGCACCGAAGGAAGCCCAAGCGGAAAGAAAUCUGGGCCGGAGAAUCCCAGAGCUGGAUCCCCUGUGCAGCUACCAGGCUUGGCAAUUAGCCACAAGGGGGCGACUGGCGGAAGCCGGCGAGAAAUGCAUCGGCUGGGAGGAACGACUCGCUGACGCCGACGUGGCGUACGACACGGCGAAGGGUGAAUACGUCUCCGCCAAGCCGGAGAAGAAGAGGAAGCCCAUCGACGUGCCCGCUUCCAGCGCUAAGAAGAAGAAGGGCGACACCGUUCUCGAGCAAGCUGCCAAGGCCGCCUUGGACAAGAAGAGUUGCCAGAAAGAGCGCAUCUUACUGAACGGACUUGGGCAAGCCUUUUACGAGGCGCUGCAACACAGAACGAUUGGAGACAAAGAUGGCAGCAGGAAUCAGGAGAAGGAAGAUGAAAAGCCUCUCUUGUGCGAGCACUGUGACUUCCACACUGCGGACGCCUCACUGCUCAGGGCUCACGUGCGCGCGCAGCACCAGGACGGCAAACGGAGCGCGGCGUCGGACAACGUGGCCGGCCAAAGUAGCUGCAAGGCCUCCAAGUACGUGGACUACCUCCGGAAAAGGAGCGCGCUACUUUGUCAACCAUAUUGGAACCCCUACCCCGGCUUGCCCGGUGAACUGAACAUUAAAACGGAGACGUCCAGCGACGGCGAGGCGAGGACGGGCAGCUCUUUAGGGAGUCUUCUCAACUUGUCGUCACUAGCGGACAAUAAAGGACAUGACUGGGUUCAAAAAGAAAGCCUGCUGAGGCAUCAGUGUCCGUAUUGUUCCCACGCCACCUGCUACCCCGAGGUGCUGUGGAUCCAUCAGCGGGUGUCGCAUAGGGUGGGCGGCGGCAGCUCCGCGGCCCCCAAGUGGGCGCCGUUCGCUAACGGCGUCCGGACUCCGAAGACCUCCCCGUGGAGGCGCACGGGACCCCCGCCCUUCCUCGAAGGGAAAGACUGCCCGGCGUUGCCCGCGCCCAGAAGCCACCGCACACAACCGCCAGCUGGCAGCAGCACCAAGCAGGCGGCCGCUAAGAGCCAAUCAGGUGCCAAGUCCAAGCCUCAGGCGAAGGACACGAAAGCUCCGGAUUCACGCGGGAGGGUGAAGUCAGAGCAGAAACGCGCGGCGCAGAGUGCCAGCAAAGCGAGCUCGUCCGGCAAAAGUGUCUCCGGGAGAACCGCGACGGAGGGAACCUUUCCAAAGGAGGGCCUCGGCUUCAUGUUGAGUCACGGCGGGGCGUCUUCCGACUCGGAUCGACACCGCCCCCAGAGGCUCCCCUCGCCGAGUCCCAAAGGGGCUGACCUCUGGGCCGCCAUGAGCAUGUGGGGCCACCGGGCUUACUUCGAACCGCUGCUUUACCCUCAGGCCAAGCCUGACGCCGCAGUCGCGGACCCCCCCCCGGAAUUUGACGUAGUGAGCCUCUUGAAGAGUUACAGUCCGCACGAGCUGGCGGCUCUUUACCAACACUGGGGAUUUGUGGACCCCAGGUUGGAACCGCAAGUGUUGCGGCUCAACGGCCAUUUUGAAAAUGAAGUCCAUUCCUCCUCUGAAGCUUCCAAACAAGUGACCAGCCGCUCCACUUCCACCUCAGGGUCUCUCCAUAAAGGAACGUGAAGACCAUCAAAGACACCCGCCGCCACCGUGGCUCGCUGACACAAAAACACUAAGGCACAACAUAUGCAAUAUAAGGUGGAAUCAUCAGCACUCGUUUAAUUUCCCAGAUUUUUGUGCGUGUACAUAUAAGUUACAUGAAAAUGAGCUGUUAACAAGCGCAAAAUCAAAUGUGAAGUCAGGAAGGAUAAAGAGAAUCCGAAAAAUGCAAAGUUCCCAGUUUUUGCAUUUUCUCUAUUUAUGCACUGUAAGUUGUGCUAUUUUCUAUGGUUGUUUAUUCAUUUUAUUUGUUCACCAAAAAAAAAAAAAAAACCUGACAAGUCAUUGAACAUUUUUAACGGUAAAAUAGAAACUGUUUUGGAUUUAUUUUAUUACGGCCGUCCCGAUUGGUUACAGCAAACGGAAAAAAAACGAGCAGAUCAUCCCACUUGAAAAUACUCUUGGAAAAAAAAAAAAAAAACCUCCAAUGAUACUCAAUUAAAUGUCAGGAAAAAAGUGUAACUGUAAUUAUCUCCGCAGAGCCCGCUGUUUGAACUUUGAACAAAACAGAGCAGCACAUAAACAGUCCUAUUGAGUUGCCUGAGCCCUGUUAAAUUAACGUUUUGUGGCGAAUCGCGUUCCAGUAGACUAGUUGUGUGGUCGCUCUUGCAAUGUUGUUUGCUGUCUGUUUACGCGCCUUAUUUGUAUCGCCAAUUUCACUGCAUUUCUCCAUGUUUUUUUUUUUUUUUUUAAUUUAAACUCCACUUGACAGUUUCAAAAAUGUCUUUGUACAAAUAUUAUCUGCAGUUGAGUUAAAAAAAAAAAAAAAAAAAAAAAGAAAGAAAGGCCAGUCUCUUUUUGCAAAAAAUACAGUUGGUUAGAUUACCAGAAUGGCUUUAACAUUUGAUUUAGUACAGUUAGUUCAGUUUGUUACCAAACUGACAUGUUUGUCAUCAUCCAUAAAAUAAAUGUCUGUCGGUGUAAAAACAAAAAAACAAAAAAUCUUUUAUGUGAAUAUCUGCACAAAAAUCAACUCGAAAUGUUAAGCUAAGCUUUCCCAGGACACAAAUAGGAUGAAUUGUGUUAGGCAGAACAAAAACAGACAAUUUGAAUCUCCAAAACGAAUUGUUUCCAGCUCGUGAGCUUUGAUUUGUUCCCAGGAAAAGUUCAGGUCCAAAGACUUGUUUGUAUUAUUUUUCACGUCAUUCCUGGGUUUAUGUCUUUGUGUUUGCAGACUUAUUUAGUGUGUUCAUACUUGUAGUUUUGUACUGUAUAAAUGUCCCAUAGACAAAAUGUGUAUGUACCAAAAUAAAAAAGCCAUCAAAUGUUUGGGACAUGAGUGACGGGUACUGAUUUAACUUUUUUUUUUUUAAAGAAUUUGUACAUGAUAGUUUUAUUUAAUUGUUUCUGUUCAUUCUGAGUGAUAUUGAAACACUCUUAAGUACUUAAUAUUUGUAGUUGAAAAUGUUCAAAGAAAAUAAUAAUAAAAAGAAUGUUCCGCAA